AAAAAUAAAAAUGAGCGUUGCAGGCUCAACAUCAUCCCAUGGAACACACUCUCGCUCACCUUCUCGUUCACGCUCACCGCCACCUUAUAACGAAGGAAGAUAUUCUUCGAGGUAUCGUUAUGAUUAUAAUUACAGAUCAAAUCGAAGCAUGUCAGCAGCUUUGGACGAUUAUAGAGAUUUGAGAGAUAGAGAACGUGAUCGUGAAAGAAUGUUGAGAGAUGAUCGAUACUUACCACCUCGAAGGGACAGGGAUUACAGAUAUGCACCUUAUUACCGUGAAGACAUGCACUAUCCACCUCCUCCACAUUCUUAUCCAAAACCAUCCCCAGGCUCACUUAGAAGAGAUGAACCUAAAGACAAGCUACCCUCUGGCAGCAACAGCGCUUUAAAAGAUACUAAAGACGACAAACCAAUACCUUCCACGUCUUCAGAACCUUACAACAGAUACAUGGAUUGGCGUGAACGAAGAUACAGAGAUGACGAACGACGUCGUGGCUAUGAUAGGAGAUAUAUGCGGUAUGAAUCUUCCGGUUAUGGAAUGCCUCCAUUUGGUAGCGACUCAUACAGAGGUGAUAGAGACUUGCUGCCUUCACCUGGUAUUCCUUACUAUGAGCGUGAUAGGUUAGAUGAUAGGGAUUAUUACAGAAGACCCCCGCCUUCAGAUUAUGAUCGCUAUCGUCCAAGUAGUAGUAAUAUGAAUGGCAGAGGUGGUACUGGAAGGCCCAGCUGGAGGCCUCAGCCUGACGACAGAAGGCCUUUAGAUAGGGAACGCGAAAGAGAAAAACCUUAUGGUGCUUUUAAUAACCGAAUGAACGACCCCAACAGACCACAACCAGCUAUGCCGCAUCCACAAGCACCAUCUAGUGUAGAGUUACAAUCACAACCACAACCAUCGCAGCAGCUAGAACAACAAGCGCAGCCUGCGCCGCAAACCCAACAUGCAGAACAACAGCUGCAACCACCGCCACCAUUACAACAACAAGAGACAGUAGAAAUGGAAGAGUCCAAAUUACAGACACCAGUAAUACAGGAAUAUGUCAAGACACAAGCACCUAAAGAAGAUUUAACAAUAUCUGAAAAAGCCGAAACUGUAGUAGACGUCAAACCAGAACCACCUUUAGAACAUGCACCAAUACCGGAAAAGGAACCAUCUGCUACAGAAGAACAUCCCCAACCUGCUUCUGAACCAGUCAAACAAGAGACAUCAUCAGAGACACUUUUGACUACAAAAGAAGAGAUGACUAUCCGACUUCCUUCACCGGCUUAUUUGGAAAUGACACAAGAACAGAUUGUCGAACGUAUUGAUCAUAUAGAAAACGAAAUCAGCAGAUAUGAAGAAAUGCUAGAAGCUGCCACUAGACGGGAAGAAGAAGAAAAUAAAUUGAAUAACGAAGAUAUAGAGAUGGCAGAUGACGAAGACGAAGAAGAUGAAGCAACUAGAAAAGCACAACACGAAGAAGCUAAAAAACAAGCGCUUCAGGCCAUGGAUGAUGAUGUAGCAACUCAUCCAAUGGAACUGGCAGAUUCUCCUGUUAUGAGAAAGCGGCCACAACUGUUAAUCAACCAACUUCGAGAAACGGAUGAAUCAGACGAGCUCUUGUGCGAACAAAUUCUUCAGGACAAUCGCAGGAUUGCAAAGGAAAAUUCAAAGAUAAUCGGAAGCUGGCAGAACAAAGAUGAGGAUGAUUGGUCGGAUGAAGAAGCAUGGUCAAAGCCUCUAUACAAAAGUAUAGAAGAUUAUGCUUGCUAUCAAGAGAAUGUGAAAUCAUUUGAAAAGCUGCGUUUAAAGAUAGCACACGCCCUUUCUAUUCAAAACACUGCAUCAAAGAAGAAGGAGCAGAUGCUAAAGCAUGAAUUCAAAAUGCUUUACGACCAGUGGAGAGAUAAAAACUUGGUACUCGACCGUAUUAGAAAUCAUGAACGCAAGGGAUCAGAGAAAUACCACCGUGGCUCAAACAGAAAACGGGAUGAUCAAGCUGAAGAAUACACCGACAAUGUCAUUUUUAUCACUGGAGCACCAGACGCACUUCGUUUCAAGAAUGAUGGCACCUCGACGCCUUAUACUAACAAUGGCCUAUACACAUCGGAUGCUGCUCGCUCAGAGGCUGAGUUAUUGGAAAUCAUCCAGUCUUUGGAAUCGGCUGAGAUGAGAAAUCCUGAAUCCCGUGCUAAAAAGACGACAGCCACCAUUCCACCCAUGAUCUUGGAUGUUCGUGAGCGCAUGCGAACAUUUGAUGACCGCAGUGGACUUGUUGAAGACCCGUUGACGUAUUAUCAUACUGGUCCAGAUACAGGCGAUAUAUGGAAUCAACAGGAAGUAACAACUUUUAUGGAAAGUUACAUGAUGUAUCCCAAACAAUUUGAACGCAUCUCACGAGCCAUUGGUACAAAGACAGCAACACAAUGUGUCUUGUUUUAUUAUCGUAAGAAAAAGAAGAUUGACUUCAAAGCGUUGAUGAAAAAGGGUCGACGUGGGAAGGCCAAUAAACACCGAGAUAGGAUAGCUGCUGCCAUCCGUGCUGUCACCGGAGAAUCGGGUACAACGGCAAGAAAGGCCAAGAGCAAGGGAUCUGCUCUGAUGGCCGAUAUUGGCGAAGCACAGAAUUCUAGAAAAGCUAAAGAAAAAGACGCUGAGCGCAAAAGCAAAGAACUUCGUGAUUUAGAACAGGCAAACUCGUACUGGGAUGGUGUAGCUGAACGCAAGAAGUCUAAGCGACCAUCUACCGUCACAAGCAGCGCCUCUGACGAUCCCGAAAUGAUGCUGCAGGAAGGCAAACGACGAUCGCAGCCACAACAACAGCAACAGCAACGCCGUAAGGGCCGCUCGCCCCGUGAAUCUAUGUAUUUAGCAGAUUUAAUAUAUCCAAACGAUAAGCGCACAAUGGAAGGAUCUGGAGAAGAAGAGGAUGAAAAGGUGUAUUCUGGUGGUGCAACUAAAUGGACAGACCGUGAAAAAGAAACCGCUAUAGAAGCAUUCAAGCAAUACGGCAGAAACUUUGCACAAGUGUCUUCAUUACUACCUUCUAAAACCGAAGAACAAGUUCGUAACUUUUAUCACAACUUUAAGCGAAAGAAUGGACCCAAUGUAUUUAAUGAAGAAGACAAUACCCGUGAGAGCUCAACGGUCAGCGUAUUAAGCGGUCGAACCGAUUUGAAAGCUGAAGAAGAGGAUGCGGCGGCAGCUCUCGUUGGUAUGUUCCAAAUGGGUGCCAAUCGAGAUGAUUUACCACGUUCAAGAACGCCUAGUUCGUAUGAGGAUAUAUCAUUAGGAGCAACGACACCACCACCACAGUUACCAUCUGGAGGCGGAAUUACAGGUGCCCAAAGACGUCGACGGGUACGCACAGCCUCAGGCAGAACAGAAAGCAUGCUGGACGAUGACUGGACAGAUAGCGAUUAUGUCUCCAAGACUGGGAACCGCAAAAUAGGACGCACGUCAUCUUUGUCAGACAAACGAUCGUCUUAUUCCUCUUAUUGGUCAGUAUCUGAGCGUAAUGAUUUUUUAAAGUACCUUGAAAUGUAUGGCCGAGACUGGGAAAAGUUGGCAAAUGCAAUGAAGACAAAAACUGUCAUUCAAGUGCGCAACUUUUAUGCAAAUAAUGAAGACAAGAUGCAGCUCAAAGAGAUUGCAGAUCGAUUCUAUGCACGUCAACAUGUCAUCACAAGUAGUAUGACCCCAUCCUUUGAUAAAAACAACGUUCAACGUUAUCAGCCAUUACAGUCGUUUCCUUUCCCAUCCACAAUACAUACACCAGUUCCGCCUCUGGUACAACCUUCGCCGUCUAAUACACAACACAAUUAUGGUAUGAGUUCAAGUUAUUUUCCGUCAGACAAUAGAAUGUCUAAUGCCAGUUACCGAGAUACGCCCCAAACAUCUCCUCCUUCUUCUCUUGCAGCCCAACAACAGUCAUUACAACAACGAACACCAGAUACCGUUCCAUCAGCUGUUACAAAAGUAGCUGAUCUGCUAAACAAUGAUGAUCCUUCGGAAACCAAUCAAAAUAACUGGGAAACUUGGUUUGGUUCAUGAUCCUUACAAUUUCUUUUUCCCAUAUUAUGUAUCAUAGUCUUUACAACCAAUCAUCAUGCGUACACUAUCGUAUAUACAUAUAAUAUAGUUAAUUUAUGAAUGUAGUAAUAACCUUUUUUUUUCUUUGUCUCUUGUAAUAAGAAUCAUUUAUAUUUCUUCUUUGGUAUUUUCUCCUUAUUGAGUUACAAUGCCAGCAGAAGGAAAAAAAAGGAGAAACAACACCUCUUUUAUAUACACGCAGAAAAAGCGUAUUUUAUAUACAUUUAUACAAAAAAUAUGUUUUAAUAUCUUCCCCCCUUUCUCUCUUUCUUUCUUUCUUUCUU